GCCACUGAAUCAAAACUCACACAUCUCAAACUUAACACCCCUGCGCACAGUAGCAUACAAAACUAUAAAAUCUUAAAUCAAAUUUUAGAACGAUCAUCUCUUGAAAAUGGCACACAGAAAUUACUGUUCAUUCGUCAUCUUCUUUAUAUCUAUGCUAUCAUGCGCCGUUAAUACAUAUUCGGAUCCAUGCGACCCGAAAAAUCUGAGAGAUCCGAAGACGCUCCGAACCGACCAGCUCACAGUCCUAAUCAACGGCUACUCCGAGUCUCGUAUUCCUCUACUCCAAUCAAUCGCCGCCACGUAUGCAUCUUCUCCAAUUGUAUCGUCCGUACAGAUCCUAUGGGGAAACCCGAAAACUCCACUAAAGAUCCUAUCUUUACUCUCGCAAAACCUCUCAAUCGCGUCUCCGGGAGCUCCGAUCGCCGUGAUCCGGCAGAACUCCGACAGUCUCAACUCGCGAUUCAACCCGCGCCGCUCGAUCUCGACUCGCGCGGUGCUGAUCUGCGACGACGAUGUCGAAGUGGAUACGAAAUCGGUUGAAUUCGCCUUCGCGAUGUGGUCGAAGAAUCGCGAUAAAAUCGUCGGUUUUUUCGCGCGGUCGCAUGAUCUGGACAUAGUUAACCGGCGGUGGAUGUACACAAUGCACUCCGAUAAAUAUUCGAUUGUGUUGACGAAGUUUAUGAUCGUCAGAAUCGAGUUUUUGUACUCUUAUCGGUGCGGUGGUGACGUGGCGGCGAUGGCGAAAGCGAGGGAGGUUGUGGAUAGGAGGAGGAAUUGCGAGGAUAUUUUGAUGAAUUUUGUGGCAGCGGAGGAAGGGGAGGGAGUGAUGGUGGUGGAAGCGGAGAGAAUUAGGGAUUACGGAGAUUCGAGAAACGAAGGGAGGAGUGGAGUGGAGAGUGCGGGAUUGAGUAGUCGAAAAAAGGAUCAUAGGAAGCGGCGAGGGGAAUGUAUUACGGAGUUUCAUCGAGUGCUUGGGAGAAUGCCGUUGAAGUACGCCUAUGGGAAGGUUGUUAGGGGUGUUGGCGAGCAAGGGUUGUGCGAGAAGGGAGGGAAAUUGGUGCUUUGUGAUCAUCAAAUCGUCGAUUGAGUUGGCUUUGCUGGUGGUGGAGAGAAUUGGAUACAAGUCAGAAAUAUUGAUGAUGAAUUGAAAUUGGUGCUUUGUGAUCAUCAGAUUGUCGAUUGAGUUGGCUUAGCUGGUGGUGGAGAGAAUUGGAUUCAAGUCGGAAAUGUUGAUGAUG